CUGCUGCACUCUGAAAGAGGAUAGACUACAUUGCAGAAGACUCAAUUUAAAACACCACUUCUUUUUCUGCUUAUACUCCAGCUGAGCCUUGCAGAAGAGUGAAAAGUCAAGAAGAGAGGUCUUUUGCUUGCUGAGAACUGCUGUGAGAAGGUCAGGAUGGAAAACAAUGUCACACAGAUCUCCCGAGAGGACCUGGAAGACCUAAGGGGCGCUUUCAAUAAAAUUGAUAUUGAUAACAGUGGCUACGUAAGCGAUUUUGAACUGCAAGAGCUCUUUCGCGAGGCCAGCUUUCAUUUACCGGGAUACAAGGUUCGGGAGAUUGUGGAGAAAUUUAUUGCUGGUGAUACAAACAAGGAUGAGAAGAUCAGCUUUGAAGAGUUUGUUGCAAUAUUUCAGGAGCUAAGAAGUAAAGAAAUAAGAGAGACUUUCCGCAAGUGCAUCUCCAGGCGAGAUGGGAUUCGAUCAUUCGGUGGAACAUCAAAGAUCUCAAGUGAAGGAACACAGCACUCAUAUUCAGAUGAAGAAAAAGUGGCUUUCGUGAACUGGAUCAAUAAAGCCCUGGCAAAGGAUCCAGAUUGCGAGCAUCUCAUCCCGAUGAACCCGGAGACCGACAGUCUUUUCAAAUCUGUUAAAGAUGGAAUUUUUCUAUGCAAAAUGAUAAACCUCUCCCAGCCUGACACUAUAGACGAGCGGGUCAUCAACACAAAGAAACGCACGCCAUUCACCAUGACUGAGAAUUUGGUGUUGGCUCUCAACUCAGCUUCAGCUAUCGGCUGUACUGUAGUCAACAUCGACGCUCAGGACUUAAAGGCAGGAACUCCCCACCUGGUGCUCGGACUCCUCUGGCAAAUCAUAAAAAUUGGCCUGUUCGCUGAUAUUGAGAUCUCUCGUAAUGAAGCUCUCAUUGCUUUGCUGGAUGAGUCAGAAGACCUGGACCACCUGAUGUCAAUGUCCCCCGAGGACAUUUUGCUGCGGUGGGUCAACUAUCAUCUCAGAGCGGCUGGCUGGCAACCAAUCAGGAACUUCAGUGAAGAUAUCAAAGACUCCAGGGCGUAUUUCCACUUGCUGGGACAGAUCUCACCGAAAGGAGGAGGGUUUGAUGAGAUGAGGAUUGACAUUGACAUGUCUGGUCUGAAUGAGUGUGAUGAUGAAAGGAGAGCAGAGCUCAUGUUGAAGCAAGCGGAUCGUCUGGACUGCAGACAGUUUGUCACUCCCCACGAUGUUGUUGCAGGAAACCAUAAGCUCAACAUGGCCUUUGUGGCCAAUCUUUUCAACAUGUACCCGGCCUUGAACAGACCCGCCAGCAAUGGCAUUGAUUAUGCUAUUGAGGGGGAAACAAGAGAAGACAAAACUUUCAGAAAUUGGAUGAAUUCACUAGGUGUGACUCCAUUUGUCAAUCACUUGUACAGUGAUCUGCACGAUGCUCUGAUCAUUCUUCAGUUAUAUGAGAGGAUCCAGGUACCUGUUAACUGGGCUAGAGUCAACAAACAGCCCUAUCCAAUUCUGGGCUCCAACAUGAAGAAGCUUGAGAAUUGUAAUUAUGCAGUGCAGCUGGGGAAAAAGGAAGCAAAGUUUUCCUUAGUAGGAAUUGGAGGAGAAAAUAUCAAUGAGGGAAGUCCCAUGCACACGCUUGCAUUAGUCUGGCAACUGAUGAGAAGAUACACACUGAAGGUUCUGUCUGACAUUGGUGAAGGAGAAAUAGUCAGUGAUCAAAUCAUUAUUAACUGGGUGAACAACACAUUGCAACAGGGACAGAAAGAUUCAAGCAUUAACAGCUUCAAGGACAAAUCAAUCAGCACCAGCUUGCCAGUGAUCGAUCUGAUCGACACCAUCAUGCCCAAAGCCAUCAAAUACGAGAUGGUGAAAAGUGGUGACAUGACCACAGAGGACAAGCUAAACAAUGCAAAAUACGCAAUCUCUGUGGCGCGAAAAAUCGGAGCCAAGGUGUAUGCCCUGCCCGACGACCUUGUGGAGGUCAACCCUAAGAUGGUGAUGACAGUGUUUGCAUGCCUUAUGGGAAGAAGCUUGAAAAAAGUGGACCGCUGACCUUUCUUGAAGGACGUUGCACAAUGCGUGUUAUUGCACUUUUUCUUCUCUGCACUUUCCGUCUCCAUCACACCCAUUUUGCGUCUCCUAAACUCAUUUUCUUUUCUUUCAAUGUUUCUUUAGGCCUUCGAUGAAUUUACAAUGCGUUCAUUUGAGCAUUUUCUUAAUGGCACAAUGAAUAUGUUAAUCAUUUCAUUUCUGCUGACUGAGAUAGCUACUGCAUGGAGACGUCCCGUACGAUUAUUUAAAAACAUUCUUCAUUGCUUUAAUAACUGUGAAUCCUUGUAAAUGGUUUUAAUUUCCAUCGACUCAUUAAAGUGAUUAUAUAAAUCGGAGCCAGAUUGUAAAUAGUUGUAUAUUUUUACAUUACAUAAAUAAAGGUGCCCAGAAGAAAUA